AUGGAGCAUAAAAAACUAUUAGAAAAUGUAAUGAUUGAUUUACUCAAGGAUUCAAGUUGUCCUAUUUAUCAAGUAAAACAUUUAAUUAAUAAUUCAUAGUAUUAAGAUUGGCAAUUAAUAAACAUAUGCCAAUAACUCUAAUUACAAAAUUUCAGUAAUAUAAAAGAUUAGGAUUUUUAGAAAAAGUUUGCUUAGUUCUUUAUUAAUUAUCUAGAAGCAGAAAAUGAAAUUUCAAAUAUUUUAGAAUAAUCCUCAAUAAAAAGAAGUGAUUCGAAUAAAAUAAAUGAAGAUCGUUCAAAUCAAAACAAUUAAUCUUUAUAAAGUAAGAGUUUAACAAAAUCAAAUUAAGAGUCUAAUAAGCAAAAAUAAGAUUUAUUAGACAUAACUAAGAAUAAAAAAAAAGUAAAAUUGAAGUAGUCAAAUCCAUCUGAUUUAUUAGAGAUUGAAGAAAAUCUAUGUACUCAUAGUUCAGGAAAUCCACAUUAAAUGAUACCUUAAGCACAAAAAUUAUCUCAGUAUAGCUUUGAUCCUCUUAUUGAUAGUAAUCAUGAUAAAAAUUUAUGCAAAGAAAAAACUUAAAAAAUUACUUUUAAUGAAUAAGAAUUAAUUGAAUCCUUAAUAGAAAGACAAGUCAAGGAUCAUAACUUAGAGCCAAUUCCAAAAAAAAAGAAUAAAAGCAUAAAAGACUUUAAAAAUUAAGUAUAAUCUUAUCCAAUAUUAACAUCAAAUGAUUUUAUCAGAAAUAAAAAGUAAUUAAAUGUUGACUAAAAAAAAGAAGAAAGAGAAAAUAAUAGAGCGAUUGUAGACAAUAAAAUUAUUGGAUAGGAUUCUAGAACAAAUAGAUAAAAUUAAAUUCAAAAAAAACUAUCAAGAGCUAUAAUUGAUUCUCCUCUAGAGGAUGGAGAAAUACUGAUCUAAAUUUCAGAUUCUGAAUCAGAAUAAUAAAAAAAAAUAUAGAAAUAACAAAAAUAUAAAGGAAAAUAUUAAAUGGAUGAUCUAAUUGAAAUUAAAAGUAAUAAUAUUACACAAAAAUAAAAUAAUUUUAGAUAAAAAAUAUUGAAUCAAAAGUAAAAUAUAAAGGAUUAAAAUAUCAACUAAGGAAUAUAAACUGAUAAAAAGCUUUAUCAUCCCUAAAGUUUAUUUUUAUCAAAUCAAGAAUCAUCAUCUCCAGAAGAUAAAAUUAAAUUUGAAAUUCAAAAACAAAAAUAGUUAUUAGAAAAGUAAUAUACCAUAAUCUAAUCUUAACCUUAAUAAUAAAAUUCAAAUAAUUAUUUUUUUAAUUUAGAAAGAAACAAUUAAAUUAAUUCUUUAAUAAAUACUAAUAACAAUAUAUUGCAAUAAAAAAAUACAUUAAAUGAUAUUUAGAAUAUAGAUUCAACACCCAAUUCAGAUAUGAUUAUUGUAAUUCCAAAAGAAUCAUCUAAUUUGAGUUUUUUUAAUUAAUAAUUCAAUUAAAAUGAUCAUUCAAGUAUUAAUCUAGAAAAGAAUAAUAAAAUUCUCAAAUAAUAAAAUUAAUAUUGGAAUCAGAAUAAGCACUAAAUAAAAUAAUAAUAAUUAUUAGAGAAUAUGAAAGAUUUUCAAUCAUAAAAUCAAUAGUUAAAUUAAACAAAUAAUUCCCCUGAAUCUGUAAUAUUAAUUAAAAGAAGUUUUGAGGAUGGAAUAAAUUUAGAAAGAUUGAGGGAGAAAAAACCUAAAAUAGAGGUUAAUGAUAUUGGAAAUAAUAAUAUUAGUUAAUAUGAUAAUGAAUAUCUUCACAUAUAAACUAAUUUGAAUUAAUGUAAUUAUUGUAAAUAAAUUAAUGGAAAAAUUAAAUUAAUAGAUAUUGAGAAUGAAGUUAAGAUUUGUUCAUCUUGUUUACUGGAGAAAUUAAAUCCGUUUAAAAAGAUUAUUUAUACUUUAGGAUUUCUAGAAUAUUAAUAUUAAUAAAAAUCUUAAAGUAAAAUACAUCUUGAUUUCACAAUUACAUAAGAGUAAUUUCGAAAUUCUGGAUUAUAAUUAGAUAUUAGAUGUGUUAUGAUGAAUAAAAAUGGAUUAACUGAUUUUACGUUUCCUAAUAGUUGUACUCUUCUUAUUAAUGGAGUUAUUAUUAAGGAAUUUAAACCUCUUAUUGAUAAAUCAUGUUUAAAAAAACGAAAAGAUUAAUGCAUUUCAAUUAAUCUUGAUACAUUAUAAAAUACUUAUGGAAUAUAAAGAAAAUACACUUUCACUUGUAUUGAAAUUAUUCCAGAUUAUAAAAUGAGGUAAGAGAUUCCAUAAUAAAUAUAUAUUUUUGGGUUGUUUUUGGUUUAAAAUUAAAAAUUGGAAUAAACAAUACAUUCAAUUCUUAAUCAAAGUAUUUUAUCUCAAAUUAAAACUGAUGUUUAUAAAAACGAAAUCAAAGUAGAUAAAUCUAAAGUUAGUCUUGUUUGUUAAUAUUCUUUUGAUUUAAUUAAAAUACCUGCAAGGUACAAACUAAAUAAUAAAUUAGAGGAGAAUUUUGUUAACAUCAACAGUGUUUUAGUUUAAAUAACUAUUUAGAUAUGAUGAUUCAUGCAGAACAUAUGAAAUGGAUUUGUCCAAUUUGUAAGAAAAAUUCUAUUACUUUGAGGAUUGAUCAUUAUUAAUGGGAAAUUAUUAAGAAAAUUUAAUAGUUAAAUAUCAAGGUUGAAUAUAUAACUGUUGAUUAAAAUGUAAAGAAAUAUUUUAAAGUAUUAAGGGUACUUUAGAUUCUAAGGAUCCUUUAUAUGCAAUAAUUUAAAAUAAUUAAAUUAACAGUUAUAGUGAUCUAAUUUCACAAGGGUAUACUCAUUUUGAAAGAUGCAUCCUUUAAAUCGACAAUGAUAAUGAAAUUAUGUUUUCAAAUAAAAUUUAAACUUAAGGUGAAAAUGAAAUAAAUGCUAUUCUAAUUGAUUGA